GCCCCCGCCAUGGCCGAGGCCGCCAUGGCCGCGCAGGUGCCCCCGGACGAGGACGGGGACGAAUGUCUGCCGCAGUACCGGCACCUGCUCAGCCCCGACCUGCUCCAGGGCCAGGUGGCCUUCAUCACCGGCGGCGGCUCCGGCAUCGGCUUCCGCAUCGCCGAGAUCUUCAUGAGGCACGGCUGCCGCACCGUCAUUGCCAGCAGGAACCUGCAGCGGGUGGCCGAGGCCUCGAAGAAGCUGGUGGCAGCCACAGGGCAGCAGUGCCUGCCCCUGUGCAUGGACGUGCGGCAGCCGCAGACCAUCGCGGCCGCGGUGGAUGCGGCGCUGCAGGAGUUCCAGAGGAUUGACAUCCUCAUCAAUGGUGCUGCAGGGAACUUCCUGUGCCCAGCCAGUGCCCUGUCCUUCAACGCCUUCAAGACAGUGAUUGACAUCGACACCCUGGGCACCUUCAACACCUCCAAGGUGCUGUUUGAGAAAUAUUUCCGGGACCACGGCGGGGUCAUCGUUAACAUCACGGCCACCCUGAGCUACCGAGGGCAGGCCCUGCAGGUGCACGCUGGGGCUGCCAAGGCUGCCAUAGAUGCCAUGACCCGUCACCUUGCCGUGGAGUGGGGACCCAACAACAUCCGUGUGAACAGCCUGGCCCCCGGCCCCAUCACGGGCACCGAGGGCUUCCGACGCCUGGGUGGGAAAUUUGCAGAGAAGUCCAACCAGUUGUCGGCGAUCCCGCUGCAGCGCGCGGGGAACAAGACGGAGAUCGCGCACAGCGCGCUGUACCUGGCCAGCCCCCUCUCGUCCUACGUCACCGGCACCACCCUGGUCGUGGACGGGGGCAGCUGGCUCACCUCCCCCAACAGCUUCUCUGCCUUGCUGGGUAUUGCCUCCUCCUCUGCUAAACUCUAGAUGUCUGGGCUGCAGGAGCAAACCAACCCCACUGAUGGACAGCCUGGGACUGACCGACGGACAGACGUGACCUGGGACAC